AUGCGCGCCCCGGGCUGCGGGCGGCUGGCGCUGCCACUUCUAAUCCUCGCCGCGGCCGCCCUGGCCGAAGGUGACGCCAAGGGGCUCAAGGAGGGCGAGACCCCCGGCAAUUUCAUGGAGGACGAGCAAUGGCUGUCGUCCAUCUCGCAGUACAGCGGCAAGAUCAAGCACUGGAACCGCUUCCGAGACGAGGUAGAGGAUGAUUACAUCAAGAGCUGGGAGGACAAUCAACAAGGAGAUGAAGCCCUGGACACCACCAAGGACCCCUGCCAGAAGGUGAAGUGCAGCCGUCACAAGGUGUGCAUCCCCCAGGGUUAUCAGCGGGCCAUGUGCAUCAGCCGCAAGAAGCUGGAGCACAGGAUCAAGCAGCCUGCCCUGAAACUCCAGGGAAACAAAGACACCAUCUGCAAGCCCUGUCACAUGGCCCAGCUUGCCUCUGUCUGCGGUUCUGAUGGCCACACUUACAGCUCAGUGUGUAAGCUGGAGCAGCAGGCAUGCCUGAGCAACAAGCAGCUGACGGUGAGAUGCGAGGGCCUCUGCCCCUGCCCCACAGAGCAGGCCACCACCUCCACUGAUGGCAAGCCAGAGACCUGCACGGGUCAGGACCUGGCUGACCUGGGGGAUCGGCUGCGGGACUGGUUCCAGCUCCUUCAUGAGAACUCCAAGCAGAACGGCUCGGCCAGCAGUGGAGCCAGCCUCGCUGGUGGGCUGGAUAAGAGCCUAGGGCCCAGCUGCAAGGACUCCAUCGGCUGGAUGUUCUCCAAGCUGGACACCAGUGCCGACCUUUUCCUGGACCAGAUGGAGCUGGCCGCCAUCAACCUGGACAAGUAUGAGGUCUGCAUCCGCCCCUUCUUCAACUCCUGCGACACCUACAAGGACGGCCGGGUCUCCACUGCUGAGUGGUGCUUCUGCUUCUGGAGGGAAAAGCCACCCUGCCUGGCAGAGCUGGAGCGAAUCCAGAUCCAGGAGGCUGCCAAGAAGAAGCCAGGAGUCUUCAUCCCAAGCUGCGACGAGGACGGUUACUACCGGAAGGUGCAGUGUGACCAGAGCCGCGGCGACUGCUGGUGCGCGGACCAGCUGGGCCUGGAGCUGACCGGCACCCGCAUGCGUGGGAGCCCCGACUGCGAUGACCUCGUGGGCUUCUCAGGGGACUUUGGGAGUGGCGUUGGCUGGGAGGAUGAGGAAGAGAAGGAGCCAGAAGAAGCAGGCGAGGAGGCUGAGGAGGAGGAGGGCGAGGCAGGCGAGGCGGACGACGGAGGCUACAUCUGGUAGACGGCACGCGGGGAGCUGUGGCUGCCAGGGUGCUGCCGGCUGGGGGAGGCGGGCCAGCAGAGACCUGGAUGGAAGCAGGCAGCUUAUGAAUGGAUCUGGAAAAUAUAUUUAGAAGGACCCUGGCUCCAGUGAAGAGGGCUGGAUGUGUAAGUGUGCAUGGCUUGCGUGUGGCAUGUAGAGCUGGGAUGUGUGUGUGUGUGGCAUGCACUGACAAAUGUGUCCCUGGUCCACACUGCUCUUGGCAGAAUGAGUCACCCAAAGGCCCUUUCAGCUUCCUUGUAGUUUUUUUUUUUUUCCAUUUGUUGUCGGUUUUAAAAUACACACAUACAGAUAUAUUGAAAAUUGAUGAAAUUGAGAUGCCCCCUAGCCAUGUCCCCUAACCCCAUCCAGGCCCACCUUGACAUCCUGGGAUUCCAUGUCCUGAUUUGUUACCCACCGCCCAACCAGUCCUCCCUUCUCCUGCCUCUAACUGCCCUCUUCCCUCCUACUUCUGGGUCAAGCUCAGGCCUGUGGGCUUGUCCCCAGUGCAGAGGGGAGGGAGAGCAGGGAGCCAUCUGUUGGCUGGGGGUCCUUCUGGAGCUGGGUGGAUUGGGUUGUGGUACCCCCAAGCAGCCUCAGAGUUGAUGGGCCAGGACAUGCAUCACCCCAAGCCCUUUCCCCUUGCUGGGCCCUACAGUACUAGAGAGAUUCUCCCAACCCAAGCCAGUGUGACCAGAGGUGGCCGAGAAGGAGCUGGGGGUGGCAGCUGGGGGCAGGGGAGGGACAGCCUUGCCAAGCUGCCUGGGGUAGAGUUGGAUGAAGACGGGCCUGACUGGUCAGGGAGAGUGCCUUUACACAUCUGGGUAGACCUUUAAGGAGCAGAGAUGUGGAAGCACUGACUGCCAAACCCCGAGCGGCCCAGCCCUUUUCUGUGGGUCUCAGGUUGGCACCUGGUCUGGGCCAUUCCCUUGGAGGCAGUGGGCAGUAAUCAUGUAGGUUAGCUCUGCCUGGCCUGUGGAGUGCUGCCCCUGCCCUGCCCGCCUUGCUGUGUCCCCUGGUCCAGUCCAGGUAGUAGGUGGAGAGCUUGGGUCUUGGCCAGGGGGAGUGUGUACCUCCUCUCUGACUCCUUAACCAGGGCUUGCCUCCCAUCCAGACCAAGAGAAAGCGUUGUCCCCGAGACCCUGUGAAGGGGGAGCUGGGGAAAGCUACAGCCUUCCUGCGCUCAGAGACCACGACUUUUCUCCAUUCCUCUUCCUCAGACCGAGGCACCCAUGGGGCCGUUUCCAGCCCCACUCCUCUCUGCCCCUGGGGACAGAGGAUCCCCUAGGGCUGCUCUAGUGGAGGGACUUCUCUAAGCUCUAAGUGUUCGGGAAUUGUGAGCAGUCAGAGGGUACAGAGCUGGGGCAACCAGAUUCUGACUCCACACCUUGCUCUUCCCCCAAACUCCUUACCGGAUGGGAGCCAGGAUGAAUGAGAAGUUACCCCAUGUUUUUUUUUUUCCUGUUUGUUUGUUUAUUUUUUUUCUAAUCCUGCCAGUUCUCCCUAUUGAAGCAAAUUCCUUAACACCUUUGGUGAAGAAUGUCUUACCAGGACUUGGGCCUCUGAUGCCCUUCAGUGCAUGGUGAGCGCAGUGUGAGUAUAUGCAUGUGUGUGUGUGAGUAUAUGCAUGUGUGUGUGUGCGUGCGUGCGCUUGUGUGUGAGCCUGGAGGCCGUCCCUGGAGGCCUGAGGUUCCAGGAGGGGCAACUGUGUGCUAGUGGGGGGCCCAUGUGGCAAGGUUCCCUGGGCGAGGCUCCCCCCGGCUCUCCCUGCUUCUGCAGCAUCUGCUGCAUCUGAAGAAGCUCACCCAGUCCACCCCUUUACUCCACCCUGGAAUCAGCAUCUUCCAAGUCCUGGCUUGGGGGAAACAGUGAAACUCCAGUUAGCCCUAGGAACCGCUUCGCAUUCUGCAGCACAGUUCUGGCCAUGAUGAGGUCGCGCUGUCCUGUCUCCCCAUGCCCUUCCCGUCCUCCCACCUCUGCCGUCUCCCCUGCGCUCCAUGCUCAGUUCAGGGAAAUGCCGUUUCACGUCGGUCUUCUGCUCUCAGAGCAGCCUCUCUGCUCACUCCGAGCUACUUGAAACUUCCUGCUCUCGCUAGGAUUGGAGUCUGUCUGUCUCUGCCUUCUGCCCCAGCUCAGACUUCUGGAACUGGCCUGGGGGCAGCUGUUGACGCUGGGGCUUUCUGGGAUGGGGAGGGGGCAGAGAGGAAGGCACACCCCUCUCCUCUCACUGGUGCCCUCCCCUCCUGGGGCACAUGUGCCGUCUCUGUGUCUCUGGGUCUUCUGGUUGUGCACGUUUUUAUGACUUGUAAAUAUGUUGUGGAAAGAAAGCAAAAGGCGCUGAACUAGCCCCUGGUGGGACUCCAGGGUCCAGCCCUGCCCUGUCUCUGCAGCGCCCCCACUGCUUUUCACACACCCCUCAGAAAUGAGGCCCCGCAAGCUAGACAGACAAAGCAGCUUAUUCCCAGUGGGCUAAGGGCUUCCUUCCCGUUGGACAAGCGGUGGGUUUCCUCAUGGCGCGGGUGCAGGGCAGACCUUCCUCGGCAUUUCAGACUCAUGCCCUUGAGCAGCUGUCUGCCGCCUGGCCUCCCACGUCCCUCUGCUCUCUGUCCUGUCCCACUGGCUUAGGCGGGCAGCGGAAUUAGGGCUUUGUUGAAAAGAACUCAACCAAACUUUAAAAGCACAGUUUCUCGCUUGGCCCCGGGGCUGCCCUUGGUCACCCCAGGCCUCCUUUGCCAGGGGUGCUGGAAGAGGCAGUGUGUCUACGAGGGGGAAGCUUAGAGUUGGCGAGAACAAAUGUGCCUUGAGAGACCACGCGGAGAGAGAGCUCUAGGGUGAGGGGGAAGGAGGUGUGGUGUGGAUGAGAGUGUGGCGGGGCCUCGUGGCCGCCGCCUCCUGUCCCGCUGGGGCUGUGGCCACCUGUGGUCAGGGCUCACACGUCCUUCCUCAUGCCAGCCUGCCCGAUGUGCGUGGGCAGGCCGCUCACUCAGCCUUGCAUGAGCUCCGUCCUCUGAGUGGGCGGGGCCAUUGGGAUGACACGGGCACCUCCUUUUCACCAAAGCGUCCCCCUCAGCCCCUGGGGCGAACGAAUGGCUCAUCUGCCGACACCUGGCACCAUCGAGAGGCUGUGGGCUGGCAGGGGUCAACGGGAAGAGACACUGGGGGUGCAAUGGGAGACUGGAGACAUCUCGAGGAACUCCCAGGCAGAGCAAAGCUGCUUUACAGCCUGAAGCCUACUUAAACUGUGUUAUGUGCAAUAACUGAGCUUAGAGUUAAGAAUUGUGUUCAAGUGCUUGGAUUUCCGUCUGUAUAUUUAAGUGCUGAAAUCGUAUCUCUCAGUAAUUUUAGAUGUCUUUCAAAAAAUCGAAAAACAAAGUGUUAGACCAUGUAUGUGCAUUGAUGGGCACUCAAGUGUCCCCAUGUAUCACCCCACCCUCUCCCUUUCCCUGUGUCCCUGGCCCCUCACCCCCAGCCCCACCUCCACUUGGGGACCCUGCCCCGUGUUGUCUUUAUCUGCCUAUUACUCAGCCUAAGGAAACAAGUACACUCCACACAUGCAUAAAGGAAAUAAAAUGUUAUUUUUAAGAACACGGAAAAUAAAAACUUUAUAAACACCA